UUGAUCUAAUGUGAGAUUAGGAAAGUAUUUCAUUAGAAGCCUUCACUCCCUAAAAGAUACAUGUUCCAGUGAUCUGUAGAUAUCUGUGAAUAUACAGACCAUCAGCCUCAAAGCAAAGCAGCAGUUCUAAUAGUCUUAGUUUGUCUGCAGAAACAGCCGUUUGAUUGGACAAACCAGCAUUUCACAGCUCGAGCUCGUCACUGCUUCCUGUGUGCGGUGUGCAGCUUGUCAGCCUGAUCAGACUGAGAGCACACCGACCGAAUCUUCUGAUAGCUUUAUUGGAAACAACAAGCAGAUCCAGUAAUCCAACAUGUCAAACCCAGUGGUCACCCAACCGGCUGCAGGCAGCUACGGGACGAACGUCCAAACGGGGGAGUGGAGCAGCGGCCUCUGCUCCUGCUUCAGCGACUUGUUAGUCUGUGCUAUUGGUUGCUGCUGUCCAAUUGCCUUGAGCUGCUACACUGCUCAUAAGUAUGGAGAGAAUUGCUGUUUGGGUUGUCUGCCAGGAGGCACAACAGCCAUGAGGACUCACAUGAGACUCACUUAUGGCAUAGAGGGAACAAUAAUCAACGAUGCCUUGAUGACCUUUUGCUGCGGAAUCUGUGAGGUGUGCAGGAUGGCGCGUGAAAUCCGCAUCAGGAAUGGAGAAGUGUAAUCUUGAGAAGACAUAAAAACGAUUCUUGUCCACUAAACAGUAUUUUCUGAUGAUUAAUGAUGUUCAGCUAUUGUGAAAGUAAUGUCUUGUAAUUGCUGUAUCCUGGCUUUUUCAUGCAGAGAACAAAGAUUGAGCUAAUGAAUUGUGCAAAUCUGUGCCUUAUGCCUGUUACGGAAAUCUUAGACCUAGUCAAUACUGUGGAGAUACACAGGUCCGAAUGAUCAACAAUAAAUGGUGAAACAAA